CAGGCAGACAGCCAUUUUAUAACUAUAGUAAUAAGGCUGCUGUCAAAAAUAAGCUGUUUUUCUGCACGCGAAAUGGGUCAGUGCGGUAUCACCUCCUCGAAGACCGUGCUGGUUUUCCUAAACCUUAUUUUCUGGGCAGCCGCGGGAAUUCUGUGUUACGUUGGAGCCUACGUGUUCAUCACGUAUGACGACUACGAGCAUUUCUUUGAGGACGUGUACACCCUGAUCCCCGCUGUCAUUAUUAUAGCUGUGGGAGCCCUUCUCUUCAUCAUCGGGCUCAUCGGCUGCUGUGCCACGGUCCGAGAAAGCCGCUGUGGCCUGGCCACUUUUGUCGUCAUUCUCCUUCUGGUGUUUGUUACGGAAGUAGUUGUUGUCGUUCUUGGCUAUAUUUACCGAGCAAAGGUGGAAGAUGAAGUUGAUCGCUCUAUUCAUAAGGUGUACAAUGAGUACAAUGGAACAAACACCGACGCCCCAAGCCGUGCCAUUGAUUAUGUACAAAGGCAGCUUUAUUGCUGUGGAAUUCAUAACUACUCUGACUGGAGGAACACCCGCUGGUUCAAGGAGUCAAGAAAUAACAGCGUUCCAGUCAGCUGCUGCAAGUCCAGUGUCAGCAACUGUAGCGGUUCUCUGAGCCGGCCCGGAGACCUGUACCAGGAGGGAUGUGAAGCUCUUGUGGUGAAGAAACUGAAGCAGAUCAUGAUGUAUGUUAUCUGGGCAGCUCUGACGUUUGCCGCGAUACAGAUGCUUGGGAUGCUGUGUGCCUGCGUGGUUCUAUGCCGCCGGAGCCGUGACCCGGCGUACGAGCUGCUCAUCACCGGGGGGACGUACGCCUAGAGAGCUCUGUGCCAUGUGACCGCGUGGGCUUUCUGCCGCCGUAAGCUAAAGUGCGCCGCGCACAACGCAGGAUAGGUACAACUGUGUGCUGCAGUUGGGUGAGGCAGCGAUAUACUGUUCAUGCCAUGCCUUUUUAGUUGAUAUUGCAAUCUUCAUAAGAUCUUAAGCAUAAAUAGCAAUGACCUUUUUUUUUGUCCUGUGUUUUAUGAAGCAUGGCAAACAGAAGAUAACGGGAUGAUGUUCUUUCUUAUUAGUUUGCAGUAUGUGUAGGUUUUGCGGACAUUUUGUAAGCACCCAGUAUGAGCUGUAAAUACCCCUUUCUCCCUUAUUAGGUUUUGUCGUCCCACUGCAGAGUUGGUUUCAGCCCAUUGCCGAUAUCACUUUCUGAGUAAUAACAUGACAUAACAUCCUUAUAGACAGACUUCUGCUUAAUAAUUUCUGACUGUUUUCUGAGUGAUUAACUUGAGGGUCCCUGUAAACAGUAUGUGAAUGGAAUUUGGGAAUAAUCUAUGCACUGUGUAUUCCAGUCAGAGGUGAAUUAUUAUUAUUAUUUAAUACUUUUCUUUCGUGUGCAGUUGUAUACUUUUGAGAAAUUAUUUGUGUAGAAUAAAAUAAUGUGAUGUUAUUACUGUAAAUAAGUCAGACCUCUUUCAAUAAAAUAAAUGUAGACCUA